AUGCUGGCCUUUACCUUCCGCAACACGGACGGCUCCAGCGACAUGCUCUGCGGCUCGCCGGAGCCCUCGUGCUUCAUUGAAAAAAUCCAGCUCUUCGCCAACGGCCAGCGGGUCGAAGAAAUUUCGUAUUAUGGGCGGAGCUGCUUCAUGUACAGUCUUCUCAAGCGCGAGGAAGGGCCGCCAGUGGGAGGGCCUCCCCGUGGACGCCAGCGGCUGGGCCCUGCCCGCCCAGCCCGGGCAGAAGCGGGACAUGCUCAUGGCGCCACAUUUGAUCGAUAUGUUCGCCGCGGGCAAGAUGCUCCCGCCGCAGCUCAAUCUGGUCGAACUGUUUCGUGUUAUUUCGUCACAGGCAAGAACGUUGCGAGGUGCUUCUUCACGACUGUUCCAGGCAAGUUGGUGCUGAGCGAUGAAGAGCUUAAGGCCUUCAACGCUGUUCGCAAGGAGUUGAAGAAGAAGGCUAACAAGGACAAGAAGACAGCUGACAACGCUACGCUUACGACCUUGCGGUCGAUUCUCAUCGUCAAUUUCAAGAAGGACUUUCCAUCGGAGAAGCAGUUGAAGAAGAUGAGCUUCAAUUACACGGACAAGAUUAUGAAAAUUAUGAGAGGCGACAUCAUCCAAGUCUCGGUUCUCGGACAGGGCGGUGGUGCGAGGGGUUUCAACAUCAAGAAGCUCAUCGGGAAAACCACAGGCACGAGGGAGAUGAAGGAAGAUGACCAGGAGUUCUUCAACUCUGUUUUCAAGGAUGUCAAGCAAGUCUUGGGUAGUGAGCAAGUGAAUUUCAAGUUGCUUGCCUACUUCACCCACGACCGCUCCCACCUUGACAACAAGUUGUACCGGGCAGGUGAGUUCACGGAUGUGUUGACGCGGUUUGACAAGCUGGCUACGAUGCUUGAUGACACAAAUCCGCACAUGAAGCAGUUGGUGUUCGCCUCCAUCGUGAAGUCCAGCGGACAGGUCAAAACCGCAGACAUUCAGAAGGAUGUUGAGGUUCACAUCGACGUGCUUCCCUGGUGA